ACAAGGAUUAUAAUCCUCCUGGAUUGAAUAUAUUGGAUUGAAUAUAAAUUGGAGUACCUCACAACUUAUAAGGUUGCAAGAUGGAAUGGCAGGGUGACUUUUUACAUGACCAUACCUUUGUGGAGCUUCCAGUACAGGACAUGCUUGGUGGACUGGGUGAGGCAGACCUCCAGCUCCUUAUCCGGGAAACCGAAGAGAAGCUGCAGCUGAACGCAUGCAGUAUCGAACAGAACUUGCGGGAGCUGCAGGCUAAGAUUGGAGAGGCCUGGACUGGUGAGAAGGUGCCCAGUGCCACAGAAUGUCUACAGAGAUUCAGUCAGCGUAAUCUGGCUGUACUGAAACCUGUCUCCACUGGCCAUCAGGAACUACUGGACUUCCUCAAAUCACUGCAACAUCUGCUAAAGACAAAGGAGGCUCAUGAAGAGGCAGUUCUUCAGUUACUCUUGAACAUCUCCUCUCGGUCUGGUGUUGCCUUUCCCUCCUCCGGCUCUUUAACUGAGCAGAACCAGACCUCCAUCACUCCAUUCUGCUCUGUACAUGACAACCUCGCUCUGGAGGUCCAAGAAGCCUGGGAUGAUGUCCGGCUCCAUCUGAGGCGUCAUCUGUUGGGCAAGUUGUCCACAGAGGCUUCUAAAGCCCCCCAAAAGAUCCUCAUUUUGCAGCAGCUCUGCUUCUUGUAUCCUGAAUCAGACGUUGUGGAAAAGUACAGAGUUCUACGAAAAAAGGCAGUACUGGAACUGCUGGAGAGAACCCGGUCUUGUACGAAUGGAGAGACAGGAUUUGAAAGGCUGGCUCUGGUCUUCCAAGCUGCCAGCACUGAUGUUUGUGGAAUGCUUACUGAGGACGUUCAGGUUUUGAAUGGAAUAGCAAAGCAGCUAUGCAUCCUGGACUAUUUGAACCAGACGUACCUGAGCACAAUGGCACAGGAGCUGGGACUGCUUAUGGAGGAGGUGGAGGCGACUCUAAGGGACAGAACCAUGCACGGCGGGAGGAGUGGGAGGAGCUCAAGCAAGAAGACAACAGUAGCCCCUCAAGACCUUCCAGAGGGAGUCAGAAACUUCAACUUGACCUUUCACCAGCUGAGAUGCCUGACCCAGCUAGCUUCUACGUUGCUGGAGCUGGAGCGACGCGUGGAGCAUCUGGCAACCGAACUCGGCCAUUUUAACCAUCCAGGAGAUUUUGCAUGUGGUCUCAGAGGGUUGGCUAAGAAGGAUGAUUCAGAGAUGCCCACAGUGAAUGGUAGGACCUCUCCAGACCUGCUGCUGCAGAGCACAAAGGUGGUGUGUCUGGAGUUUGAAUGGAGGGCUGCAUUCCGGGCGCUGGUUCCUCAGAUGGUUCACUGUGUAAAGGUGGUUUUAGAAGAAGUGUGUAGAAAAAGUCUACAGCAGGAGAAGUGCACACACACAUCUGGCUCCACCAUCAUCCCACUGGUCCAGGCUCCCUUCAGUCCGGGAACUGAUGUCACGUGUUCAGAGAGAGACCUGCCCAGGAGGAUAUCAAAGUUCUGUGCAGAUAUAAUGGAGGAGAUGGACGCACUGCUCCCACUGGCUGUAGCAUGUAAGGAUGAAGCUCUGCGUCCUGUUCGCUUCUGCUUUGUAGAAGUGUGUGGACAGGUCAGCUUAAACCUCUUAACCAGGCUGGAAGAGAGAGCCAGUGAGGUUCCUCAUGCUUCACCUCUCAAGAACCUGCCCACUUUACUGGCUUCCAGCUCUUAUAUCAACCACAGACUGGUUUACUACCAAAGCCAGCUUGGGGACACCGGCCGCACGCCUCUGACUCUGCUGCCUAUCCCGAGGAGUCGAGAAGUGACGGAGGCCAUUCGUGAGCACCUGACCGACUACUGCGUUAAUGUGUGUGCCACCAGUAUACUGCAGGAUGCAGAGAGCCACUACUGGGCGGACGACAAGCCGUUUUACGAGGGUGAAAGGUGCUCCUUCUCUAUCCAGAUGUGGCAUUAUUUCCUCUCUGGUUUGCGCAGUGACCUGUGGUGCACAGUUUCUCCGCUAAUGGCGCAACAGAUUCUGGCACAGGUGUUGGCACGGACCCUGGAGCUUCUGCUUCAACGAUACUCCAGAGCCCAGCCCUCCUUCAGAAGACUCGCUCAGAUCAGGUUGGACAUCACGGCUAUCCUGCAGUGUGUGGAGCAGCUGAUGUGGAGUGUGUGUGGCAGUGUGGAGGAACUCAUCAGACCGAACCUGACCUCAGGAACCUGGGUAUCCAUCAUCCAUAGCCUGUGUAAUCAGCUCCUGAAUGUCCUGGUCAUUCUCACUGCUCCUCUACCAGAGGUCUACAGAACGUUUCAAAGCAAGUGUGUUGAUGAAUCUUUGAAGACCCUCACAGAGGCCGGCAAUGACCACCCAACCUUCUGGUUAAACAUCAUCAACCCAACACUCUUUCCACAGGAUUUGCUAAGGGACGGGGUGGAGAGUGAGUGCUCGGCGGUGUGGAUGCUAAAUCUGCUUAGCUCGGGGCCCGGCUGCGGUCCAUCUCAGAUCCUGGAGGCGGUGCUGCACCGUGACUGCUUACUGCUGCGGACGCUGAUCUCUCACUCCUAUCUGUGUGUGGACAGUGGGGUGGAGGUGUCUCCUGAGGAUCAGAACGCUGGUGCUGAGUUUGUAGAAGCUAUAUUCACUGUCCUAUCCUCUCUAAACAACUUCCCCAGGGCUUUAACACUGGUGCUUGAGGACUACCUGGACAAAAAACACCUCUGGGACCACUUUUACAGUUUAGCAGACGUGACUGAAGAAGAACCAGCUCUGUUUAAAAGAGUCAGAUGCGUUUUGUACAAACCCAUCAACAGUCUGAUAAGACACUUAGUAAACAUGAUGCAGGCAUGUGAGGAUCUUCCCAUCCCUCUUCUGAGACUACAGAUUCCUGAAAGUGUACAAGCCAAAAUCCCUAAAGAGUGGAAGUACACACCUCAGGAAAACAGGACCAGAGACUCGAGCAAAAACACCAUUAGUCUGAUCAUUCAAGCUCUGUCCUUCAUCUUCACCCACCUCCCGUCCUGCGUGCCCUCUGUCCCUCUGCCUGUUCGAUUCCUUUUCCACAUGGCUGAGAAGCACCUAAGUCAGCACACCAGGCAGCUAAAACCCACCGGUCUGCUUAUCUGGACACUGCUGAGCUGCCUGUGCCGUGGCCUGGAAGACGGUGAGAAUCUUGAGCUUGUAUCAGCACAAUCGUUGGAGCGAGGGGUCAAAGAGCGCUUGGAACUGCUGUCUGAGUGCCUGCGGGGGAGUCUGGGCACGGAGAAGGGCAUUCUCAAACCCAGUGUAAAGAAGAUUUUGCAGGGGCUGGAGGAAAGGGGGCCCAAGUGGAGCUCAACACAGCUGCAGAAAGCUCGUAAACUAUGUGCUGAGAGUGUGUUCAGACGGAUGGAGAAGAACCCGCUGCAGGAUGGAGGUGUACCCAGCGAACCGCCCGAGCAGAAAAUCAUGUCUGCACUGCUGGCGCUGUGCCAGUUAGCAGGUGGCAUUCAAAACCUGCAGCAGAUCCAUCACACCAUCCAGCUCAAUGAGGACUUGCUGAGGUCCAGGCUAACCUCUGCCGUAGACAGGGAGUCCAUUCCUGAGGAACAGUCGGCUGCUCUGUUUUCAGCAGCGAGUGCUCAAAGCGGCCCACCCGUCUUCAAACCUCUGUUUUACUUCAAUCACAUUGGCCAGGCUAAGUUUGAUCAGGCAUCUAUGAGUGAAAGGGAGUGGGACUGGGCUCGACUGCUGCCGGCCUAUCAGAGACUGAGCCAGGUGACCUUCACAGAUCUGCUGGCUAACAGGUGGGAGAUGCAGGACAAUUCACCACUCGAAGAUGAAGAAAAGAUUUUUGUGGAUCAUCUAAAGAAAACAUAUUUAAGUCAAGCUCCUGAAUCUUCCUCAGAAUGACCUGAAUUUACUACAUUGUUUCUUUUGUAUCACCUAUAGAUGUUGUUUCACAUAAUAGAAUUAUUAUGUAAAAUUGAUGUCACCCAAAGCAUUUUGAUAUAUGAUGGGACUGUGUUAUAUAUGUGAUAUAACUAUGUGCUAUAAUUCUAUUUUUUUAAAGAGGCAGAAUGACACGAGGCUUGAUAAAUCUGUUUGAUUUUAAAUGACAAGAUCAGUUAGUGUGACCUUUAUGGGAAAAAAGCAGAUAUAUUUAAAAGCCCAAACCUAAUGUCUAUAUUACAGAAAUAAAUAGUUUAGGUGAUUUUAGGUAAGUGCAUUUCUAGGGAAUUUUACAAACAAUUCAUUUAAUCCAAUCCAUUUAGUCAUUGGUUGGGUUACUGUCGAUAAACAAUGUGUACAAGGUGUGAAUACACACACAGCCAGUCCAUUACAAGGCAUCCCACACUUACUUAUUACCUUACUUACUUAAUUACUUGCCAAGGGGCAGGAACUCAUUUUACCUGUCAGUGUUUUGUAGUGGUGAGAAAACCAGAGUACCCAAAGGAAAUCCACAAAGACAUGGGGAGAGCAUGGCAAACAGUUUUGGAUUGUAUUGUCAAAAUGUGUUUAGAUUUUUUAAAAGCAUUUUGACCAUGUAAUAUAUUUCUAUAGCUUACAUUGUUUUUACUAUGAUUUUUCAGAAAUGUAAAAUUAUUUAAUCAUGAUUAAACUUUUUUGAUAGGACAGAAUGGAAGCAAAUAAAGUGUGCUGGUUUUACUGACAGGCUACAAAUCACAAACUUGUGUAUUUUUCUCUUUAGAAAUGUUUGUACUCAAUAUAUUUUCAAUAAAAAUCCUUAAUCUGG